AUGAGACUGAAUCCAGAAAAGUGUGUUUUCGGGGUUGCAGGCGGAAAGUUCCUGGGUUUCAUGUUAUCCCACAGGGGAAUAGAGGCGAAUCCCGACAAGUGUCAAGUAGUUGUUAACAUGAGGAGUCCAACCAACAUCAAGGAGAUACAAAGAUUGGUAGGGAGGCUAACUGCGUUAUCACGUUUUAUGCCUAAGUUAGCAGAAAGAAUCCAGCCGAUGCUUAGGCUCAUGAAAAAAGCGCAAAAAUUCGUAUGGGAUGAGGCUUGCGAGCAAUCUUUCCAAGCGUUGAAGGAGUAUUUGUCUUCUCCCCCAGUACUACAGAAGCCUAGCAAGGGGAAACCCCUGUUAGUAUAUCUAGCCAUCUCUACCAAUGCUGUUAGCACGGCCAUUGGAAACGAGGUAAUAGUCAAGUCUGACUACCAAUUACACAAAGUAUUGAGGCGACCCGACCCCGUCGGCCGAAUGGUUGGGUGGUCCGUAGAACUAUCUAUGUAUCAUAUUCGAUGUCAAGCUCGAGGGCCGAUCAAGGGACAAUGCCCGGCAGAUUUUGUCAACGAAUUAACAGGAGAUCCUGACGUACGCGAGGAAGGUUGGAUCCUGUCGGUGGAUGGCUCCUCCAACGCGAAAGGCGGGGGUCCUGGGAUUGUUUUGCAAGGACCGAAUGAUUUACUACUCGAGCAAGUUUUGCGCUUUGGCUUUAAACCCUCUAACAAUCAGGCAGAAUAUGAGGCAUUAAUAGCAGGGUUGACCCUCGCAGCAGACAUGGGAGCAAAUGCGGUGACAUGCCGAACUGAUUCUCAGCUGAUCGUAGGACACUUGGACGACACUUUCCAGGUAAAGGACCCCCUCCUAUUACGAUAUUAUCACGUUGUGCAGGGCAUGUUGAACAGAUUCAGAACAGCAAGCGUAAAACAUGUUGACAGAGCCCAAAAUUCCAGAGCCGACCUGCUCUCGAAGUUGGCGACUACCAAAGUAAAGGGACAACAUCAUACAGUGAUCCAUGCCACACUCGACCGUCCUACUGUAACUCUAGCAGAAUGCAAUACUAUUGAGACAGUCGCACCAGAGGAGGAAGAGUGGAUGGCUCCUAUUAUACAGUUCAUUCAACACGGUGACACAAACGGAAUUGAUGACCCUAUCAUGCGUAGGAAAGCUUCUCGAUUCACUUUGGUUGGUGAAGAAUUGUACAAACGAGGCUUCUCCAACCCUCUAUUAAAAUGCGUCACAAACCGCGAAGCCCAGUAUAUUAUGGAAGAGUUACACACGGGGAUUUGUGGCUUACAUUCAGGAUCCUGA